AGGAAAGCCGCGCGUCAGUAUAUGACGCAAUCACGCACGAAGCCGACCUGUCCUUGAAGCCACAACACAGGCAAGAUGGUCGCAUACUGGAGACAGGCAGGCCUUAGCUACAUCCGCUUCUCAGCCAUCUGCGCCAGCGCAGUCCGGGCAGCGUUGAAGCCGCAAGUGAAAUCUGAGGCGAUAAAAGCUGCAGAAGCCAGCGUCAAAGUCCUCAAACCGAAAUCAUCGGCAGCAUAAAACUGUCCAUUUACUCUUGGAGGUGCAAGGUCUAGCAAGAGAGUGAGACUGCAAUGACAGAUGACAUCACGAUGACAGUUGAAGGGGGACCUUGGUUUAAGAUGUCUGUGUUUCCUCAUGCUUUGUAAUUAAAAGUUAUGUUAACCGUGGAAA